AUGCAAAAUGAACCCUGGUGGAAACAAGCAAAAGAUGACAAACAUAGUCUUCGUGCUAUGCUACUUUAUUUAAUUGAAAUUCUUAAAUUACAACAAAGUGAUUCAUAUGAAUCAGCAUGUUAUUAUGUUACAGAAAUAUUUCGAACUACUGGAAUCGAGCCAAUGCUUGUUAAUCAAAUUCUUGAUAUUCUUCUGAAUCAUUUAGCAACCGAUGAACAUGAUCCUUUAGAUAUAUAUACAAUUCGUACAAUAGCUGAAUUUAUGAUUGAACGAAAAGAUAUUAUUAUUCGAUUACUUGAAUAUGUUCUCAAUUGCCAAGCGACUGAUGUUUUUCGAUACGAAACUAUUAAUGCAAUUAAAUUUAUUACUGAUGUCAAUAAUUCAGAUGAUAUUGAUUUAGUUCUUGAUGAUAUGGCUAUCGUUCAUAAUUGUCCUGAAGAUAAUUUUUCAUUAAAAAUGAUUAUACAAACAAUUGAAAAUAACAAACAAGCCACAUCAGAAAUAAUUGAUGGCGAUGAAAGAAAUCAUGGAAUGCAUCCAUUAUUAAAAAAAAUUUCUGAAGAACGAUGGUUUCCUCGAGGAAAUUUUUCACUUACUCUUGAUUAUGUACUUGAUGCAAUUAUAGAGAAAUUAUCCAAUGCAACAAAAAAUAUGCUUAAAACAUUAACAACACAUCUUGUUCAAUUACAUAGCGUUAUUGGUUAUUCAGAUGAACAAUUUGAUCGAGUUUCAAAUGCUAUAAUCUUACUUCUAGCACAUAAUGAUGCUGAUUAUCGAUUAAUAGCUGCAUCAACUCUUGUUAAUCUUAGCCGAGAAACAAAGGCUAUCGAUAUUGCAUUAUUAAAUUCAUUUUUAAAUGAUUCUCGAAUUCUUGUUCGAACUGAAUGCUGUGAAUCAUUAAAAAAAUUAACAGGCAUUAUGUCCGAUACGGUAUUAAACGAUUGUGCAAAUGAUAUUUCAUAUUUACAGACUUUACCAGAAGAAAAUUUUAGUCUUCAAAAUUAUCUACAAGAAAAAAAUCGUUUACCAACACCACCAGUUAUUAAUCAAUCAUCUCCACAAAUAGAAGAGCAAAUCAAUGAAGAUGUUGGUUCUAGAGCUCGGUCUUGUUCAUCUUCGUCUCAAGUUAUUGAGCAAGUAUCAGUUAUAAAUAGUUGUUCUAUGCCAACACAUGCCGAACCUAAUCCAUUCAGUGUUCCAUCAAGUGUUAUUUCAUCAAUGACACAUAUACAGCCAACAAUUCGUGUAGAAAUUAGUGAAAAACGAACUUUGGAUACAUCACAUAUGCCAAAAUCUCGAAAAGAACGAACACCAAGUGAAACAAAACGUUCAUCACUUUUACCAAAUAAUACAAAUAUGUGGGAUUCAUAUGCAAAACAAAACGAAACUACUGAACAAAAAGAUAUUGAAGAACCUCAAGUGAAUUUUUUUCCUGAAUCACAAACAUUCAUUAAUAAUCAAGAACAAUUUCAUGAUUCAAUUCAAACAAUUCUUGAAGAACAUAAACAAAAUGUUGGUUUUUAUCGUAUGUUACCGAAUCGUCGUGUACUUAUUCCAAAAAAAGUUUCUAUGGGUAAUGUUUUUUGUGAUCAUUCACAUAUGAUUAUGAAUCAAGAUUCAUCACAAUCGUCAUCACGUGUACAAAAUACAAUGAAUUUAUCAAAUUUAAAUCAUAAUCAAAAUCAAUUAAAUGAAGUUGAAUUUGUACAAUUACUUUCAUCACUUGUUGUUCGUGCUUUACAAGUACAUCGACAACAUGAAAAGAUUAUUCCAGGUUCAUCUUUAGGAAAUUUUGCAAAUGUAUUAAGUAUUUCACCAAUGCAAAUACAUUCAUCAUCAAACGUAUAUCAAUUACAUGUUAGUUCUCCAACAAAACUACCAUAUAUUAUACAUCAACGACCAACAUCAAGACAAUUUGCUCAUAUUCAAUCUACUGCACAAAAAAAAGCUGCAAAAGAAGUAUUAAAAUCUCAAGGUACACUCAAUUCAGAAAAUUGUCUUCAAAAAAUUAUUCAUUCUUAUCCAAAAUUCAUUCCAUUACUUCAUACACGAAUACCCCAAAAUCUUAUUCCUGUUAUUUGGAAUGAUCCAAUUAUUAAACAAAUUGCAUCAAUAUUUAAUAAUAGACAAGAUGAAUUAAUUGUUGAAGAUUCUCCGAUUAAAGAAAGUGAUACAAAACAAUCGAUACCAAACAUAGAUGAUGAGCAUUCAGUACAUGAUUAUAAUUAUACAACAUCGAUAUCUCGUGAUCCUCAUAACAAAAGAUUUUUACCACCGAUUCGUGGUUCAAAAAUACAUCUUCCACAUCAUGUUCUUAAAUUUGGUUUUCGAGAAAUCGAAAUUAAUUCAUCAGAAUCACCAAAUCAUAUAUCACUUGAAGAAAGUCAAUUAAAAUCACGUAAACGUCGCAUUUAUAUGCAUCUUAUGAUGUCGGCUAACGAAAAUGUGUCUGAUCGACAUGAACCUGUCAAAAAUCAAUUACGACAUGUGGUUAAAACUGAUUAUCCAACGGCUUCAUUUAUGCCUAUUGUAUCACGACCUCCUAUGUGUCAUUAA